UUGUUUAGCACCAUCCCACACACUCAGUACUGCACACACUGAUUCACAAUGUCUUGGACUAAGCUUAUAUCGCUUAGCCUGGUUGUCCUGUUUAGCGUUGGAUUAGCCAGCGCUGGUAGGGUAUCUAGAUACUCUAGUUCCCAGGGAACAGGCACUGGAGGCGGAGAGGGUGGAGGAGCGGUGAACGGCGGCGGCGGAGGAAGCGGGAAUGGCCAGGGAGCUGCUCAGAGUGGAAGCGGAGGAACCCAUGCAAGUGCUGGAGGCGGCGGAAGCGGGGGUGGUUGGUCAGGGUAUAAUGGUACUGGGUAUGGCGCUGGGUCCGGCAGCGGCUCAAGCUCUGGCCAGAUGAGCCAAGGAUCAUCAAAUUAUGGUGGUGAUGGUGGGAGUACAAGCGCAGGUGGUUCCGGUGGCGGCGGCGGUGGUGGAGAGGCCGCCGCCGACGACGACGACUGCCCGGCUGACUCCGCUGGCUUUGGGACAGGUGGCGGCACCGGAUCUGGAUCCAGCGAGGCGAAUAAUGACGGUGAUGCCUCCUAUACAAAUGCAAAUGCUUCCGGUAAUGGUGGCGGCGAGGGCGGUGGUAAAAAUGGUGGAACCGGCGGUGGCACAGGCGGUGGAAGCGGUUACGGUGACGCAAACCCAUGAAGCCUCUCCGUCCAAUCAAAACAGAGCGAGAGCCCAAGCUAUCGUCGUUCGCUUUUCUUUUAUUUGCAUUUGUUUUGUUCUUACGUUUCCAUGUACUAUUAGGGACAACUAAUAAAGGGCUUCAUUACACAA